AUGUCUGGUGAUCCCAACCUCCGUCGGGUGGAGCCACGGAAAACUCACUAUACCACAUUGGUGACUCCCCCUAGGUACAAGACAUUGGCAUUGCAAUGGCACCCAGACAAACAGGAGCCUGGAGCGAGCGAUCAAAUGUUCAAGCAGAGCACAGAGGCCUAUUCCAUUCUCUCUGAUGAUAUCUUUGGGGAAUUCUUUCACAUGCGAGGACGCGCGCCAUUCCCAUUUCAAAGAGCCGCCAGACCUCACCCUGUUUCGAAGCAGAUCAUCUGUGAUCUUACCACUGACGAAAAUGGGCGCUACUAUGUCCAGGUUCAUUGGUCGGAUGGCAGCAUCACAUACGAGCGCCUCUGA